CGACGCUACCGGGAGAAAAUGUCGGGACAGACUCUGACGGAUCGCAUAGCCGCGGCGCAGUACCAGCUCACCGGCUCCGAUGUGGCUCGUGCCGUUUGCAAAGCCACCACGCACGAGGUGAUGGCGCCCAAGAAGAAGCACCUGGAGUAUCUGAUCUCGACCACCAACGAGACAAACGUGAACAUCCCUCAGAUGGCUGACACACUAUUUGAGAGAUCCACCAAUGCCAGCUGGGUGGUGGUGUUUAAAGCUCUAACCACGACCCACCACAUCUGCAUCUACGGCAAUGAGAGAUUCAUCCAGUAUUUGGCAUCGAGGACUUCCCUGUUCAAUCUCAGCAACUUUAUUGAUAAAACAGGCACCCAUGGUUAUGACAUGUCUACAUUCAUCAGACGAUAUGCACGAUAUCUGAAUGAGAAGGCAUAUGCUUACCGCGCCAUGGCCUUCGACUUUACUCGAGUUAAGAAGGGAGCUGAAGGUGUGAUGAGGACUAUGGCUACUGAGAAGCUCUUGAAAGCCAUGCCAGCACUGCAGACUCAAGUGGACACACUGCUGGAGUUUGACGUUCAUCCUAAAGACUUAAACAACGGCAUUAUAAACGCAGCGUUCAUGCUUCUCUUUAAGGAUCUGAUCAAGCUCUUCGCCUCCUACAAUGACGGCAUCAUCAAUCUAUUAGAGAAAUAUUUCAAAAUGAAGAAGUCGGAGUGCAAGGACUCUCUGGAGAUUUACAAGAAAUUUCUGACCCGAGUGACCAAAAUCGCAGAGUUCAUGAAAAUCGCUGAGCAAGUAGGAGUGGAUAAGAACGACAUCCCUGACAUCUCUUAUGCACCCAGCAGUAUUCUGGAGUCACUGGAGACACAUAUGAACAGUCUAGAAGGGAAGAAAGGGGAUGGGUCACCCACAAAGGGAUCGCCUACCAAUAACGUGUCUCCAACCUCCACUCCUGCCAAAUCCGGUGCAGCCGUUCCUACUUUGGAGCCUCCGCGUGCUGAUGCCGCGCCUGCUGCUGAAACUGCCACCGAUUCUCUUCUGGAUCUGGACCCGCUGUCUUCCUCUGGACCGUCGGGAGGAGCAUCAGCAGCACCCACAUCUUGGGGAGAUCUGCUGGGGUCAGAAAUAGGUUCCCUUACUACAGAGACUCUCCUUCCUGACCCAACCCCCGCCGUAGACUCCGCCUCCUCAGCCACGCCCACCACCACAGUCGCAGAGGCAGCCGUUUCUUUGGCUCCUCCUCCCUCCGCUGCCGGUGCUUCCUCCGGCUCAGCGGAUCUCCUCGGAGAUAUGUUUGCGGCCCCUGAAACAGCUGCUGCUGCAGAGGGCGGGGCCACCGCGUCCACGCCUACUCCUGCUGCCGAUGGCACCGCGCCAGCUGAAUCUGCGGGUGCCAGUGAGGCCAAACCAGCUGCAGCAGCAGCAGCAGGAGGAGGAGAUCUGAUGUCGGCGUUCGAUGGAUUGGGUGAUGUGCUCAUGCCAGCUAUGGCUCCUCAGGCCGCUGGAGCUUCACCCAUGGCCUCUUCACCGGUCAAACCCAUGGGAGGAGACCUGGACUCAGCUAUGGCUAACAUGGCAGGCAAUUUGGGAAUGGGGAACCAGAAACCGGGUGAAGCAGCAGGAGGGGCGAACUGGCAAGCGCAGGUACCCACCCCUAGCUGGGGCGUUACAAUGACUCCCACUAUCGGGGUCUGUCCUGUCAUGGGAUCCCCGUCACCGUUUGGCAUGCCUGCAGGAGGAGCUGCUCCCAUGAUGCCUGGCUCUCCGAUGAUGGCUGCUCAACAACCAGUGAGGCCACAGUUUCCAGCAGGAGCCCCUGGACAACCGAUGUCUCCAGGAAUGGCCCAGAGUCCCAGGAAGCCCCCGCCUCCUAAAGACCCACUCGCUGACCUCAAUAUCAAAGACUUCAUGUAGAUGAGCAGCUGCUAUGUCACACUUCUUGUGCAGCCCUGAUGGAUCAGAUGUGCGUUCUCUCUCUCUCUCUCUCUCUCUCUCUCUCUCUCUAAAUCUUCCAUUCAUCAUAUUUAGGGCCACCAGUCUGACUUUCUCUCUCUCUUUCCCAUCUCUCCCUCCCUCCCUGUUGUUGUAGCACAAACCGUGACCGUGACUAAGUACGUGUGUACGUGUGUUUGUAUUUCAAUGUUCUCAGUUACUUCAGAUCUAUAUAUUUAAAAAAAAUGAUAAUGACAUGAAGAGUAACGGCAGAUGCAUUAUUGAUCAUGCGUCUGCAGAACUCUUAAUUGAUAGAUGUGCAUUCAUUUCUCCUCACUCGCUUACCGUGGGAAAAAUCAAAUCAAAAAAGUGUGACGUUUUCUGUGGAAAAUGUUUUUUUUUUUGCUGUGGUAAAUAUCACUGGGCCAGUCUGUGUCAUCAUCAGUCGAGUAUUAACAAUCUUUUAUCUUCCGUGGGAACAAUAUCCGCGUAUUACGAUAGGGUCUCACGCAUUGUUUUUAAUCAACGCCCUGAUUUGAUUCUUCUUUUCGUAUCUCUAUUGAUUGUGAGUUACAUGCAACAUGUGACUAUAUCUGAUGAAACUACAUAUGCAUUUUAGAAUAUUUUAAAUGACGGAUUGUUUUUUGAAUAUCCUUAGUCUUUAUUUUGAGAUAAAAAAAAAAAAAAAAGUUGGAAUAUAUUUUAGUUAUGUCAGACGUUUACUUUACAUACUACAUGGCUAGUUGGUAAAAUCCCAUUUGUACAGGAAAAAGUCUGUGUACAUGAUCGCAAGGCGGCGAUCCAGUCCUGCUAGUAUGUAUAUUAUUAUUAUCACAGCAUGUUAUUCUUCUGUUGUGUGAACGGGACGCGAUUGAGCCAGAUCCAAUUCUAUCAGCAGCAAACUUCAUUCAGGACUCAGUAUAACUGGUGUUUUUGAUGUAUUGCAAAGUGAGUGUACUACCGGUUCUGUUCGCUGCAAGUAUCCAGGAUUAUAAAGGGACAGACAGCAGUUUUAACGGGACAGUGUUGCAUUUUAUCGAUGGCUGAUUUUUAUUUUAUUUUAAUUGAACAUUUUUGUUCGAUUAAUUUAUUUUUGGAUGGAUUAACACCCUCUGCCCUUCCACCUUUGUGCAUGUUAGUCCUGUUGAAAUGCAAUAAACAGUGAUCUGGAGAAAA